AUGACUCGACAACUGUUUUUUCAAAGAUCGAAUAAGGUUUCGAUUUCGAAUGAUGCUAUUGAGAAGAAGCCCUUACGUACCAAACUCGGAUGGAUGAAACUUAUCUCAUCCGUUGGUAUUCCACUUACGAUUGGCAUUUUUACUCUUGUUACAACUCUUCAAAACCGUCAUAUAGCUCGACAAGAACGCGAACAAGAUAUCAAUCAAGCGCAAGACGAACAACGUGAAGCCGUGUUUAUUACCUAUAUUAAUGAUAUUUCAAGAUUUCGUGAUCAAAAUCUUCAAAAUCUAACAAAAAAUGCAGAUAAAUUAGUUUAUAUUCAUUCGAAAACAUUAGCAGCACUUCGUACAUUAGACGUUGAAAGGAAGAAAAAUAUUCUUCUCUUUCUUAGAGAUAGUUCAUUAUUAUCCGAAGAUGAAAACAGUAUCUUAUCUGAAGCUGAUUUUAGUCGAAUUCACUUGGAAAAUGAUGAAUGUCUAUUUUUCAAAGUGAUUUUCUCCGGUGCCAAUUUUUAUCGUACUUCUUUUCGCAAUUGCUUGUUUGAUAAUGUCAUAUUUCGUAGAACAGAUUUUCGUUUCUCGGAUCUCGCUGGAUCAAUUUUUAUGGACGUACAAUUUAUCGAAUGUUCCAUAAAUGAAGCCAUUUUCCAUGAUACAAUCCUAUCUGAAGUCACAUUCAAUGGAACGACAUUAGCUAGAGCAGAUUUUAGUCGAGCAAAACUAGAUUCUAUUCAUCUUUUCAAUGUAAAUUUAACCAAAGCAAUAUUUGACAAUCAAACUCAGGUUAUUUCUUUGGAGAUAAAAAAUUCCAUUCUACCAAAUGGUUCAUUUUCACAAAUUGAUGACCUAUUUAUAGCUCCAAAACCAUGUGAAUCUCUUGAAAACUGGCAAAUCAAACCUGUGGAUACUGUUCAAGUAGAAAAUUGUACACUUGUUGCAAAAAUACCUGAUGUAAAUCUUGAACAAGCUUUAAAUUUUCCAUUUGUUGAACGAUCUCUACUCGUCGAUGCACAUCAAGCAGAACUUGAGAUUACAGUAGAACAAAGCUUUAAUACACAAACGAUUCGAAUCGAUAUCAUAUUCGUUGGCAGAAAAAGUGGUGUCUACAAAGUGUUUGAAACGAGUAAGUUUUCUGUAGUGAUGCUGACAGAUGAAUACAUUCCCAAUCUUGUUAUUUUUAUUCAUAAGUGUGCCUAUAUUGAGUAG